AUGAGUUAUCAGAAUUACUAUGUUUUUUAUCAAAAGAAGCUCGAUUAUGCACGAUCCAAGCUCAUGAAUCAAUUAGAACUUCCAUUUUUGUUUUCGCUUCAAGAUGCUCCAAAAAACACUAGAUUUUCUAUAGUAGGCUUUAUUCAUAUUGAUGGCAACGAUAAAUAUCCAGAAAUUAAUUUUAAGAAUGAUCAAUCUCGAAAUGGGAGACAAAUAUAUCUUGAAGAUUCAUCUGGAAGAGUUAGACUUAUCGGUGACUUUCCAUUUCCAAUAGCUUCCAAUAUUUGUGUUGGAACAACAGGGGUUUUGACUUUAGAAGGGAAUUUGCUCUUUGAUAAAAUAAUGCUAAUGCCGAAGCUCUUAAUAUCUAAUUCAAUUGUGCAUCCUCAGGUUAAGAUAGCAUUGGUUUCUAAUUUAUGCUUGGGAUCAAAAAAUUUUGAUCUAAAUUCCGGAAAUAAGCUUAUAGAAUUCUUAAAAUCUUGCGAUUUAUGCAUUAUAAUUGGAAGCAUCAUGGAUAGCAAUGAUUUUCCUGAGUUUGCAAAUGCAGAAAAUGAUUGGAAAGAAUGGGUAGAAUUGAUUGAUCCAUCAUUGAUAGAGAACUUUCAUUCAUUUUUUGGUGAAAUAGACACACGUUGCAUAUUAAUACCAGGAUUUGGUGACCCAACAGAGUCAGUAAUUCCAAUUCAGCCAUUUAAUCCUGCAUUUAUAUCACCAUUAAAUAUGGAAUGCACCACAAAUCCUGGUUUAAUCAAUAUCGAUGGAAUGAAAUUAUUGGGAAUGACAGGUAACAUCAUUGAUAAGAUAGAUUGCGAUCAAUUAAGUUUCCAUGAAAGACAGAAAAUGAUCUUGUCAUGGAGAUAUAUAGCACCAAGUUCACCUACAAGAAUUCCAUGUGAAGUUUGCGAAAAGGAUAUUUUAUCAUUAGAUUUUAUGCCACAGGUAUUUGUUGCAGGUGGAUCACAAAACUUAGAAUACAGUAUGGCUGAUGAUACACUUGUUAUUUCAAUACCAGAUUACAUAACCAGUCAUUCAGCAGCUUUACUAAACGCAGAAUACAACGAAGUUAGCAUCAUUAAUCUUAUGGAUUAG